CAUAAAUCUAUAUCAACUAGAACUUAAAUAAAGAAAAAAAAAAUAUUUAAAACAUAUAUUUAGAUGUCUGCACCUGUAUUUUCUACGAUAGCUCGUGGUACUAAUAUAUUAGUAGAUUGCAUUUUAAUGUUUAGUUCAAUAAAGAAACUGCCUAAUAAUAAAUGUUUUGGAAUAUUAGCAAUUCUCUCUUUAUUAAACAUUCAGCUGAACUCAAUUCUAAUUAUAAAUGACACUUUAAAAGGAGGUCCAUUUUCUGUUUAGAUUAAAGUUUACUCUAUAAUAUUAAAAAUAACUAAAUAAUAUCUGAUCAUUUAGUUUAGUUCACUAAAUCUAAAAUCAAUUUAUUGUGCUCUUUAAAAUUAGAUUAGUUAUUUAUUUUUUAGUAAGCUUGUUUGGGUUUGGACUUUAGCUUACUUAAUUAGUUUAGUCUGCUUAUAAAAUGUAUAUGAUAAUAUGGUCUUAAACGAUCAAUUUUUUUUAGUGUCAAAAGAUGGGUACUUUACAUAUUCUUCUAUUUAGAUUGAUAAAUAUGUUUGGGGUUCAGAAUUUCUAGUCAAUACAUUUAAUUUAGCUUUUGGUUUCUUAAUUAAUCAAAAUUUUGGAGGCAAUCAGAAACUUUAUCUAACAGCAUGUAUAAUUAUGGUAUUUAGUUCUUUCUGCUAAUAAUUCGAAUUUUUUAUAGACAUAUAUCCACUAUUUUAGUCCCUGUAAACAUUUAUAAUUUUCUUAUACUGGUAAUUUAUGAUUGAAUUUACUGACAGAUAAAAAUAUUUGCUGAAUAUUUUUAAAAUGCUAUGAUUUUAAUGUGUUAUUUCUAUAUAUUUAUCUAUUAAAGCAGAUGUUAUUGAUAUCAUUUUAGAUAGUAUUUUUUAUC